AUGUCGUUGGCUUCCACAUCAGCAGCUGGGAAUAAUUCGUCACCUUCGAAAACCGUUUCUGGAUCUGGACUACCUGCAGUGUCAUCCUCGAGAGAUCAUCACCCAUCCUCGAAUAGUAUGCACACUGAUGGUAUGUUGUCAGUGUCAAGCAUGCACCAACAGGAUCAUGGUGUGUCGACUGUGGACACGACGACUACAUGUAGUACGGUAGCAAGUUUGGGUGGACUUCUGCCUGUACCGACACACAGCACGUCAUCCAACUCCCCAUCGCGGAAUAGCAGUAAGCGUCGUAACUCUAUCGAUAGUGUCGUUAAGGGUAGGUUAAGCGUGCUUUUGUUACUGUUUGUUAUGGCUCUCCUAAGGGGGACAGCCUGCCAUAACAAGCGGGAGAACCCACGAACACCAAAAUAGACCUACCUCUAAUGUUGCUUCAAGUAACUCUGGCGCGAAUGGUAGUGGGGCACCAGCAAACUCG